AUGACGCUCUACUACACUCUUGUGUUUGGCCUUCUCAUGGCUGAGAUGGGCCUGUUUAUGCUGCUGCUUAUUCCCCUCCCGUUCAACAUCAAGCGGAGGAUCUUUACCUUCAUUUCCGAGAGCCCGUUGAUCGCCAAAGUACAGUACUGGAUGAAGAUUACCUUUGUCUUCAUCCUCAUCCUCUUCGUCGACAGCCUCAACCGCGUCUACCGGGUGCAGCUUGAAGUUAUGGCUGCGCACGAGCAGGGCAUUAAGGGAAACGCUGCCGCUGUCAUGGGAUCCGAGCGUCUCGAGGUCCAGGCGCGCAAGUUUUACUCCCAGCGCAACAUGUACCUCUGCGGCUUCACGCUGUUCCUUUCCUUGAUUCUCAACCGCACCUACGUCAUGAUCCUUGAAGUCAUGCGCCUGGAGGAUAAGCUAAAGACCUACGAGGGCACCAGCAAGAACACCAAGGAGAGCGAGAAAUUGGCUGUCGCCGGCAAGCCCGGCGAGCUUGCUGCUCUCAAGGAGAAGCUCGAGAAGAAGGACCAGGAUCUCCAGAACCUCAAGAAGCAGGCCGAGCAGCUCAACAAGGCCUACGGCGAGCUCAGCGACAAGUACGCCUCUACUCAGGUUGACGGCGAAAGCCGAAAGAGCAGAUAA